UGGGCAGGGUUAAUGGUGUUUAUUGGCAAACCAAACCCUCACUUCACUGAGCAGCACCGAGGCGCUCAGCUGGAGAUUCCAGUGCGUUCUGUGGUGCCAGUGUGCGUUAAAGGAAAGUGAGCCAGGCUGGACGGGGCCUGGAGCAGCCUGGUCUGGCAGGAGCUGUCCGUGCCCGUGGGAGAAGGCUUGGAACUAGAUGAUCUUUGAGGUCACAGACUGGCAGGUCCCCUCCAACCCAAACAUUCGACCAUUCUGUGAUCUGACCUUGUCAUCUGGCGACGAGAUGGACCGCAACGUUUCCUCCUUGGUAGUAUCUCAAUCUUCUUUUAUUGUCCUUCUAGGCAUUAUCUUAAGCUUGGAACAUUGCAUUGCCCACGCCGGAUGCAGGAUGCCACACAAGAUAGGCUUCAUAGUUGUUAGCUCCUCGGGACAUGAGGAUGGUUUCAGUGCCAAAGAGCUGAUGGUUCAUGCACCGACGGUGAAUGGAUGGCGGUCACCCAGGCUGUGUCAGUACCCCCAGGAGAUCGUUCUGCAGCUGGUGGAGCGGUGCCGGAUCCGCAAGCUGCAGCUGCUGGCUCACCAGUACAUGAUCUCCAGCAAGGUCGAGUUCUACAUCAGUGAGAGCCUGCCUGAGUACUUUGCUCCCUAUCAGGCAGAGAGGUUUCACAGACUGGGCUAUGUCCCUCUCUCAGACAAUGAGAAGACUGACUUUGAAGCACGAGAGCUGAAGUCUGUGUAUGUGGAUGCAGUUGGCCAGUACCUGAAGCUGAUUUUCCAUAAAAAUUAUGUCAAUAAGUACAACUUAUAUGAUCAGGUUGCUCUUGUAGCUGUGAACAUUAUUGGUGACCCAGCAGACUGCAGCCAUGGCAGCAAUCACACUCCUUCCAGAGAGAGGCUGAUAGACCACUACUUGGGAGUUCGAUCAGACGAUCCUGCCCUGGAUGGAUCCUACCUCGGAAAGUCUGACUCCAUCUCCCCCUUGGACGAUCUGGCCUUUGACAUGUACCAGGACCCCGAGGUGGCACAGAUCAUCCGCAGGCUGGACGAGCGGAAGCGCGAAGCUGUGCACCGUGAGCGCUACGACCAGGCCAAGCAGCUCAAACAGGCAAUUGCUGACCUGCAGAAGGUGGGGGAGCGGCUGGGGCGCUAUGAGGUGGAGAAGCGCUGCGCGGUGGAGAAGGAGGACUACGACCUGGCCAAAAGCAAGAAGCAGCAGAUGGAGGCCUUCCGCCUGCAGGUGUACCAGCAGCUGCAGCUGCAUGACCUGCUGGAUGCAGAGCUGCUGGUUCGAAAGCCACCUGAGCUGCCCCUGGAGCCUCUGGUGCACUCUGACAGUCCUCAGCACUCAAAAGCUGCAGCUUCACCCCCUGCUGAGCACAGAGAACCAUGCAGAGAAGAACCCUGGGCAGCAGAGCCUGUGCUGGAGGAGAAGCCAGCAGCUCCCACUGCUGCUCAGCCCCUUGUUGCCCAUCAGUCCCCUCCUCCUCAUCCCGAGACUCGUGCCACAACCCCCCAGGAAGGGCUACCCAGAGAAAAGGUGGAGCUUCUGCCCUACGACGAGAGACCACUGCCAGCCGCCUGCAAGCAGCCCCAGGCAGUCACCUACCUGGAGCCAGAGAGGGCUGAAGAGGCUGCCAGUGCCAGCCCAGUAAGUGGCAUUGCAGGGGAACCAGAGCCACUCAGUGAGAAGGCCCUGAGGGAGGCCAGCCCUGCUGUCGAAGUGUUCGGAGAAGCUUUGGUUUCAGGAGCAUAUUCCAAGACCUGGUCCUACCGAGAGGAUGCUCUGCUGGCUGUGUACAAGAGGCUGAUGGAAAUGUCAGUAAACACUCCCAAGGAUGAUCUGAAGAACAUGCUGAGAGCUGCCAUCUUCCUUGUCAGGAGAGCCAUCAAAGACAUCGUGUCUUCAGUUUUUCAGGCUUCCCUGAAACUUCUGAAGAUGAUCAUUACCCAGUAUAUCCCAAAACACAAACUGGGCAAAGUGGAAACUUCUCACUGUGUAGAAAGAACACUUCCCAAUUUGCUGGCCAGAACAGGAGACUCCUCAGCCCGGCUUCGCCAGCUGGCUUCUGACUUCAUUCAGGAACUGGCACUGUGUGCUGAGGUGAAGCCUCUGCAGGUGGUUCCAGCUCACUUGGUUCAGCCACUGAAGCCCAACUGCCCCCCACACCUGGCAAUGAGUCAGGUGGAGUUAGUGGAAAGACUCUUGAAAGAGAUGGGGACUGCAAACUCUGGGUUUGCCAUCAGCAGUGUCAUGGAGUUUGCCACAGGAGCUUUGGAGCACAGGGUGCACGAGGUGCGGGACGCGGCGCUGAGGAUCAUCUUUGCUCUGUACAGGAAGCACAGGGCUGCUGUGCUGCAGUUCCUGCCCCCAGCCCAUGCCAGCACCCGCAGGAGCCUGCUCUACAAAACCCUCUUUGAUGGAUUUACCAAGAUUGAUGGCAAAGGCUCUGAAGCUGAGGCAGGGAGAAAGGCAACAACAGGAGAGGCAGAGAAACAGAAGAAGGAGGAAAUUAAAGUUCUGCAAGAUCAGCUGGCAGCUCCCAAGGAGAUCCAAGCGGAAGUUCAAGCUGGAAAGGAGCCAGAAUUUGAUUUGCAGAAGCCAAGGAAUCAAGGAUACCAGAGCAGCAGAAGCCCACAGCCUGCAGCAGCACCAGGGCUGCCAGAUGACCACUCCUCUGUUGCCAGUUACUUGGACAACUUAUGCAUUUUCUGUGGUGAAAGGGAUGAAUCCUUCACAGAGGAUGGGCUGGAUCUGCACUACUGGAAGCACUGCCCCAUGUUAACAAGAUGUGAGCACUGCAAGCAGACGGUGGAGAUCGCAGGGCUGACAGAGCACCUGCUGGCUGACUGCCACAGGAGGGACAGCUUUGGCAGGUGUCCCCGCUGCAGCGAGGCCAUCCCAGCAGAGGCCUUGUCCAGGCAUCUGAGGAGCAAGACCUGCAACCCUGCCAAACCAGAGGCUGUGGCAAACCACUGCCCACUGUGCCACGACAACUUUGCUCCAGGAGAGGAGGCCUGGAAAUCUCACCUGAUGGGCAGGGAUGGCUGCAGGAUGAACAAGCGGAGGGUGGCCCCGAUGAACAAAACUCUUCUACUGCAGCCUGGCAGAGCAGCUGGGAGGAAGCCUGGUGCUGCAGGAGCAAAACUUCAGCCUCCAGCUCUAGCAAGCAAGAUCCCAACCCCAAGAGGGGGCCCAAAUAAAAGCAGUGGCAAAACCUAUUCAAAGCAGUGUCAGGAGAAGUAUUUUUGUCUUAAAAACUUGUGAAGCUUUUCUGCUUGGCUGUGUGGGGUAGCACUGCCCAGGUUGCUGCCUCCUCUGCCUUAGCUCUAUGCAGCACUGCCCAGGCUGCUGCCUGUUCUGUCAGCUCUGUGCAGCACUGCCCAGGCUGCUGCCUCCUCUGCCUUAGCUCUGUGCAGCACUGCCCAGGCUGCUGCCUCCUCUGCCUUAGCUCUGUGCAGCACUGCCCAGGCUGCUGCCUCCUCUGCCUUAGCUCUGUGCAGCACUGCCCAGGUUGCUGCCUUCUGCCUUAGCUCUGUGCAGCAGUGCCCAGGCUGAUGCCUCCUCUGCCUUAGCUCUGUGCAGCACUGCCCAGGCUGCUGCCUGUUCUGUCAGCUCUGUGCAGCACUGCCCAGGUUGCUGCCUUCUGCCUUAGCUCUGUGCAGCGCUGCCCAGGCUGCUGCCUGUUCUAUCAGCUCUGUGCAGCACUGCCCAGGUUGCUGCCUUCUGUCAGCUCUGUGCAGCACUGACCAGGUUGCUGCCUUAGCUCAGUGCAGCAGUGCCCAGGCAGCUGCCCUCUGCCUUAGCUCUGUGCAGCACUGGCUUCUCUCUCCUCCAUGGUAUUAGCAAUAACCACAUGUCCUGGGACAGGACCCAGAGCACUCCUUAAACACCAACAACUGGCACCAAAUGAAGAAGCUGAAGGGCUGGCCCUUGCCAGAGGAGCAGUAACCCAAAUUAACACUAAGUGCCUUAGCAGCCCUCUUGACAGGAGGGUUGAGCUGAACCCCGAGAAGUCCCCUUUACAAC